AUGUCCUUCCUAUGUGAGUCGUAUCGCUUCCUAAGAUCCCUCACCUGAAAUGUUAAUUUUUCCAAUUUUUUAGUUCAUGCAUCGUGCCCUCACAGAAUGCACUCCAUCGACGCUCUUGGCGAAACCUUCUGUAUUCGCCAUAUACUAGUAGUCUGGUCGAAUCUCCCUGACCCAUCCUCGGAUGGACUCGGAUGAAUGUAACCGACCGCAUCUGGGCUCCUAUGGUUUCGAGACUGGUUUUCAAUUUCGCCACUUACUUGCCUUAUUCAUGGCCACAUACCGGCCAGUCCUGACUGACCCGCCUACUUAUCCCUUCAUGAAAUCCGUUAUACAAUGCCUUAACAGCUGAAAUUUAUUUCUGCCCUGUCAAUGUCCGAUUAUAAUCCAUUAUAUACCGCCACAUGCAGGCCAGUGCUGCCCGCAUUUUUCUGUUAUUGCUUUUUUUAUCGAGGUUUUUUUCUCCUGUAAAAUUAAUUCAAUGAUUUUUAAAUUUUCGUGUGGUGUUUUUUUCACCCCAUUCUAAUCAUUUUUCUUAACGGACUACUAUUUCAAAAACUAUGAAUUGCACUUUGUACAGAUUUUGCCUACCUCGUCUAAAAUUUGCAUGUAAAUUUAUCUUUUCUUUCUUUGAUGGAACCCCUACGGGUCUUUAACAAUUUAUUAUUAUAAUUAUUAACAUCUCGACGUCGUCUUUGCGGACAUUCCAUCCGCGAUGGAAGAGGUAUAGAAAAACCAGUUGGACUUUCUGGAUGUCCUUGUUUGGUGAUAAUAAUACGAACAAUUUUUAUUCAAGACCCGUGGGGGUCCGUCCAUAGCAAGUAAGAAUAACUUUUUCAUGAACUUUAGAACUUCAGAACAGGUAUACAAAAUCCAUACAAUACUUAAUUCGUAGUUAUUGAAUAAGUAGCGUGUUACGAAGAAUGAGGAACAAGCAGUAAAAAAACUCCUAACAGGUUAGCAAAAUGAGUAUGAAUAGAUUGACACUAUAGGAGAGGGUAUAAAAUGCAGGCAGGACCGGCCUGUAUGUGACAGUGUAUAACGGAUUUCAUGAAGGGGUAAGCAUGCGGGUCCGCCUGGGCUGGCCUGUAUGUGGCAUUGAGUAAAAAAUUCCAAACGUGCAUCAUCAAGAUAGAAUUCAUAUGCCUGAUGAGGUCAUUCAUGACAAAGAGGGGAAUAGAAAACCAGUCUCGAGGCGAUAGGAAUCCAGAUACGAUCAGGUACAGUCAGCCGAUUUCAGCCGAGAAGGGGACAAGGGAGAUGCGACUAGACUACUGGUAUAUGCUGAAUACAAAGUGUCCCGCCAAGACCGUCGAUAGAGCGCAUUCUGUGAGGGGCACGAUGCAUGAACUGGAGAAAUGGAAAAAUUAACAUUUCUGGUGAGGGAUCUUAGGAAGCGAGACUACUGACAAAGGAAGGAAAUGUGAACAGAUACGGAAAUUUAAUGGCGGACGUCCUAAAGUCCCAGUGGCUCUUUCUCGGUGUCAUAGAGAAAGUUGUCUGGGAAAAAUGUGGAAAAUAAAAGUGUAAUCGAGUCAGUAUUCAGAUAAAGGCACUGCCUUCUCUUAAGAGUGUGUAGAUCAUCUGAAGAUCUUAUAUUUAUUGUAACGUUAUUCCAGAGGAAAGAUAACUGGAAGCGAAAAAUAGAGAACGCUUAGAGGUGGAGGAAGCGGGAGGAGGUAUAAUCAGGGAAUAUUUGCGAAGACUGUAUGGGCGAUUACUAGGGGUAAAUGCUGAAACACGAGAAAGAUGUGAACUGUUUUAAAUGCGAAAUAGGAGACAGAAGCCUGCUUCUAGUCUUCGAACCCAUACAAAGUUUAGGAUAUGUAUCAGGCAUCUAUCUGAAUAGAAGGCAUUUAGAUGUUCCAUGCCUUAAAGUUUUCAACUAAAAAGCCUUUGAAUAUUUUUAAUUUUUGACCGACUAGCCUCGUUCAUCGAAUCAAAUAAUGGUCGACAAUACUUGAGAAUGGGAAGUACAAACAUACGAGAGAGGCUUAAUUUGAUUUCAGGAAGAUAGAAAUUGUAGGAAAUAAAGCCACAAAUCUGGGCAACUUUGACUGUAAUUCUGUCAGCGUGUGGCGAGAGAUGGAGAUUAUAAGUGUAGCUUAAACCUUAAUCAUUGAUGAUGGUACAUUCAAUCAUAGGUGUGCCUUGAAAGGCGACUGGUUGGGGGUGCCUCUCAGGUCCAAAACACAUAUAACGACAUUUAGAAGAAGAGAAUUCCAUUAGACAUUUUGAACAAUAUGAUUCUUCAUCCUUUUCGUAAGCGUUGCUAGUACUCGUUCCGCCGGUGAGUCAUCCUUCUUUAGAUAUUAACGCUAGACUUAUACAGCAUACUUCAAGUAGGACCAAACGAAUACCCUGCAAGUUUUACUUGACAGUUCCUGGUCUGUUUGCGUAAACGCUCGUUUCGAAGAGGAAAGCCUCUGCAGUACUCAAUUAACUGCCUGCGAUGGCGGUUGGAACGGAGAAAUCAUUUCAACAUCAAGGAUCCUCUGUUUGCCAGCAUUCUAAAAUAGCUAUAAACGGAGAACAGACUCGAAAGGUCUGUUUUCCACUUCGAGCAUUCUAGUAUCGACCACACAUUAUCAACCCUAAAAUUGCAGGGCCAUCUGGCAGAUCAGCUGCUUCGCUUGCCAAGAUUUUUUAAAAAUGCGUGUCAGAGGCAGGUUGGAAACGUGUCUUAAUGCAAUCUGGAUUAUUGACACAUACUUGGAUGCAGAUUUGGAAGAGUAACGGCCCAAAAUCCGAGCCAUAGACCAACCUCUUAAAACGGAAGCAGGGCGGCCUUCCAGGCGUCAUGACACAUAGUUUAUGUUUUCCCUAUAAUAUAUGCUGCGAUCCAUGCGAGAAGCUUGCCUCUUAUUCCAAUUUCAUAAAGUUUGUCAACUAGACGUUUGUGUGAAAAAAUGUCAAAAGCUCACUCGAAAUCGCCGUUGAUGUCGCCAAGGCGUCGCACCACCCCGUCUUUGUGGGCGUCGUAUGCGGUCUUGCUCAGGUCUAACUCUUGGAAAUAUGUCUCGAGAUUAAACAAUUAUCUAAAAAGGACGUGAGCAUCCUCCCACUGAGAUCGACAGUAAUCCAUUCGGAUGCCACAAGAAACGAAAAACCGACGUCAGAACCCGGUUAAUAUUAAAUUGUAGCUUACGCGUAACGUUUUCUCUGGAUGAUUCACACUAUCAUAAGGGUUUCAACGCCUUACGUCGCACCGCCGAAAUAAAUCGACAAGCCGACUAGAAUGUCCUUCGCAUUUUAAUCAGCUAUGCCGAGUGUUGCACUUUUAAAAUCCACGCCUGGUGUGUUCCGUUAUGCCGCUGUCUUGUCGUUUUUACGAAAAUAAGUUCCCAGCCGAGGACGAUGUCGUUGUCGCUAGUGUAAAAUCUAUCUAUCCUAUGGGCAGUUAUGUUGAGCUUCCGGAAUACAAUAAUGUUGAUGGGAUGAUACUUCAUAGCGAAUUAUCCAGACGCCGCAUACGUUCCAUCAACAAAUUGAUCCAAGUUGGCAGAAACGAGAUUGCACUUGUUAUCCGUGUUGAUCCUGAUAAAGGUAGCCUUCCAAUUUUUUUCGCAUUUUUAGGUUAUAUUGACCUUUCGAAGCGGAGGGUGCCUGCUGAGGAGAUCCCGAAGUGUCAAGAGCGAUAUGCGAAAGCCAAAGCCGUUCGUAACAUGCUAAUGUUGUUUCUACCUAAGUAGGUAAAUCAGAUCGUUCGACAUGUCGCCGAAAAGCUCAAUUAUACGAAUGAGCAGCUCGAAGAACUGUGCGCUAAGACUGUUUGGUUUUUCGAUAAGAAAUACAGCAAGACUGGAGGGUCGUAUGAUGCGUUUAAGCGUGCAGUUCAGUAAGUCAAACCUUGACAUUCAGUCUUGCCGUGCUCUUAUGCUUAUUGUGCAUUCAAUCCCGAAGCUUGUCUUGUUGUCUCUAAGAGUAUGUAUCCUGCCCCCCCGAGAGCAUUUUGGUCGCCCAGGGCUAGCCCGGUCGCGGGCAAGUCUUGCAAUUGACUGACUCUCUUCGACAAUUUAUUUGCACAGGACUUCUUUCAUGUGACUGGCAUCACGCACUCACCUUCAGCCAAUUAGAUUACUAGCCCUGCGCUAGCCCGUAAAUCCAAACAGGCUAUCAAAUGUCUAACCCUGGGCGCCUAAAUACAAUCUGGGCCACUCGCAUUUUGCACCAUCUAACUGGAUCUGGUUCCUACAAGGCAAUCGCGAAUUUGAGGUUCAGAAAGUUUUUAACAAAAGUGUGCACCCAUAUACAGCGCUUAAGUGAGGACCCAUUAAACGUAUCUGAAGAGUGCAAAUAACUACGUAGUCGCUAAGAAGCUUCCUAUGAUCUCUUCAAAAUAACUUUAUGCUCAUGUUCUGGUCCCCCGGUAUGAGGCGGUCCAACAUACAUACAACCCAUAUUACCGAUGGAAACUCGAGAAUACCGGACCAGAUAAGCGUAAUAACCGUUAGGAAAUAAGCUGACAACUAAUAUUCGAUGUCUGCCAACUUUUGGAGCCGAAUGCCCAUCUAACUUGACCAGCCUAUAAAGAAGGUUCAAGUUUGUUAAACUCCCGUAAAAUUCCACUUCAGCGGCUGCUUCUCUAGGCUUUUUUAUUGCCACUGCUUACGCCUCAGUAGAUUUAUCUCGUGAAAUGUUCUUAUUUAGUUAGGAACAACUAUCUGCAUAUAAUCCCUUUCCAUCCCAAGGUUUGAUUUUUGAAUAUUACCUGUAUUGUUAAGUAGAAAAUUCAUAUUCCACACUGCUGUCUAAGGCAUUGUAUAAGGCCUGUUUGAUGGGACUUUUGCUGAAAGGUGGAGGAGACUUACAAGGUAUCACUGUACGGGGCCACAGCCUUAUCAGGCAUGUUGUAGUGUUGAAACCAUCCCACUUUCUACGUCGGGACUUGACUGCUGUGUUGUAGCUAGGACCGUAAUAGGCAUGCUAGAGGGAGAUCACGAUCGAAGUGGGAUUCAGGGAUCAGGACGAAGAAUACUCUACAACAGGGAUCUAUUCACCCUGAAAUUGACGUACUGGAGCUGCAACGAGAAUUAGAACAGUAGUAGGUAAGAUAGAAUAUAACCCGGGGCAUAAGUGAGCGUGGAAUUUACCCCGGCCAACAAAAAGGGAAAUUGAGGUGUCAAUAAAUCGGAAGAAAAGGUUUGCAUUUGGCGAAGUUCAGGCGUCUCUGUUACAAAGGGAGUAUUAAUGAACACUUUGUUGGAUCAGUGUUUCUAGGCUAUGCAUCUGGACAUCGCCAGUGCUAGUUGCAUCAUUCUGUUUGUCAGUCGACAUGUGCUGCUUUCCUGCUCAGUAAUGGGUGAAUGUUCAGGCGAAAAUAGAAUGGGAUUUUGAGAUACGGGCGUGGUCGUCUUCUGAUACCACCGGUAUCAUUUUCACUUCUGGGCGCAAGUAGCUGAGCGGAUCCAGUUUAUUCUCUGUCAUUAUUGAAUUGUUUAUGAGCAUAUCAGGGGUUGCAAUGGAGCAAAUCAUCAUCUUCGACAAGCAAAUCAAAUUUAGACUGUUGACUGCUCUUUAGCAGAACUCAGCCAGGAGAGAUAUGCCACAUGGGGAGAGUAGUCCCAGGGAUUGACCUUCGGCUGCAGACAAACUUUCCCUUGUGUGGUGUCGCACUAGUAGCGGUACACAAAAGUGAUCUGAUUGACCGUAAAGCGUCAAGUAGAACAGAUUCCCAGUGCGUAGCAGGCAAGCUUUGGGAUUCUGUAGCAAGUAAGAUAGCCCUCCGUGAAGUUUUGUUCAAACGUUUGACCUGCCCAUUUCCUUGGGGAUUGUGCGGAGUUGUCCUCGUCGUCACUCCCUUAUUGCGCAGGACUUGCUGAAAAUCGUUUGACAUAAAUGACGAUUCCCGAUCGGUGUGUAUGUACGAAGGAGUACUGAUUAUGGAGAAAAGCUGGCACAAACAUUCACUGGCAAUCUCAACAGUCUGAUCAAGACAAAUGCAAAUGGGAAAAGAGAAUAUUCAUCAAUGAUUGUCAUCAGACACCAGUUGUGGGUUGCCUAUGGAAGUAGACGCUUGAAGUCGAUGGACAAUCGUUCGAACGGCUGGGUAGCUUCGAUGAGUUGGCUUUGUGCUCCAAAGAAACGGGGCUUAACUUCACAGCAAGUUUGACAUUUGGCGACAACAUUACGAAUCUCAUCCAUGAAAAAGGGGAGAUUCCGAGCUGGAACAAAGUGCGACAGCCGAUAGAGACCGGGAUGACAAGGCAACUCAUGUAGUUCUUUCAAAUCGACACUGGUUAGUAGGGCCCCCACAACAACUACGGGAAAGUGUGUCCGUCGCUCGAUCUUCUUCGCUAGGUCGGUAGACAGUGUCAAAUUUGAAUGAUGACAGUCUCAACGUCCAGCGAUUGAUUUUAUCAUUUUUGACUUUCCGUUUUUGCUGAUCGCCGGAGAUGAAGGCAACAGACCGCUGAUCCGUAGUGAGUUCAAAGUACUUUUAAUGGAUGAAGUGCUUCCAUCUGCUUAUGGAUUCCACUACGGCGUUUGCAUUUAUCUGUAUAACUGAAUGAUAUCGCUUAUUUAGUGAAGGGCUACGUGAAAAUAACACUAUUGGUCGGUCAUUCUGGUCUGGUAUGGCAGUGAUUUCGACGACUGAAGCAUCAAUCUCGAUUAGGAUUAGUAGAUGAGUUUUAUCUGAGGAGUGAGACAUCCAUUGUGAGUAUUAUGCAAACAAUCCCACGGCCCGUUGUUUUACUUAAAAUCAUGCCAAUUAGCCAUUUCACGCAAGGACCACGGGCGAUCCGGAUUCGGCCUAAUGCUGCCCUUCGAUACUUCGAAGCCAAGCAGUUUUAUUUGUUUAACAGCAAUAACAUUUUUUGCCUCAUUGAAUGUUAAUCCGUACUUUUUGGCCACGCCAAGAAAUUUUCGAGGGGUUGAGUCAUGCUUCGCGAGGCCGUUCCUACAAAUAGUGAUAUUGUCCUUGUAGACGAAAAUAUUCUGUGGACGCCCGCGCGUAAUUAUGUCGUCUUUCUGCUGGAAGCACGCAACCCCGUUAGUCAAACCAAACGGAACACGACAAAAUUGAUACAAAUGCCCACAAGCCUCAAAGACAGUGUAUGGUUUUUCCUCUGCCCGGAUAGGCAUCUGGUGAUAGGCGCUCCUGAGAUCAAGCGUACUUUAAGUGCCGUAGUUUGCAAUAUGUCCAGUCAUUUCGUUUAUUUUGGGGGAGGGGUAGACAUCUAUGAGUGUGUAUUUCAUAUUGACCCAACUGUGAAAAACUCGGUGCCUCGGUGGGAUUCGAACCCACGCAGUAAGGGGAAGGCUUUAGUACAGCCAACGGUCUAACCACCUGAGCUACGAGUGUGUAUUUGUUGAUCGUGUGCCCACAGUCGGCAGCCGUCCGCUUUUUGUGGUUUUCAUUGGUUACCACCAAAGUUUGGGCUAGCCAAGGGGAUAACGGACGUCCGGUUACUCUCUCGGAAAGAAGGCAGCGAAUUUCUUAUCGUAUAAAUCUCUUAUCUACUUUGUUUCGUCUUCGAGAUUUAGUAGUGACAGUCUUGCAGUCCGGUGUCAGAUUAGGAAAAAAACGGGGAGGUCCGACGCAAGCGGCAGCCACAGAAUAAGGCGAGGACGUGAGUUUAGGUCUACCACCGCGUCCUUUGGAAUAACGCAUCACGUGUAGGACACAUCUAACGGCGGUCCCUGUCAUAUCCGCGGAAGAAGCAUUUGUUAUGGGAUGAAGUAGGAGUCGCCAAGUCAAGCUCUUUAACGGGACUCGACGGGGUUUCUUAUAACUCAGUAGCGGCAGAGAAUGAGGUCGUCGAAAAGUUCUGAUACGAUAGAGACCGUCUUUCUGCCAACUUCGGUGACCUUGCCUGAUCAAAGACAGUUUGAAAGUUCGAUUCCGGUUUGACGAAAGGCCACUCAUAAACGCAUCUCUAAUGGCCUCGUCGUGAUUUUGUUCUGUCGUAACGGCUUUGAAAUCGCAGCUCUUAGCUAAGGACUACCUUUUUGCACGAACUGGUCAAGAGUUUGCUCAGCUUCCUGUCUGCGGGUUGCUAGAUGGCGGGGAAAAUUUCGUUUUUUUAGUCUUAAAUGGGGAUCACGUAGCAAUUUAACAGUUUAUUUGUAACUGGAACACUCAUUGAUGCAUUCCCCGGUUGUCGGCGAAACGUAGUUAGUCAUAACGCCUAAUUUAUCUGGUUUCGGACCUUUGGUCGUGGACGAGAAAUUUUAAAAAAUGCGAAGCUAGUGGUCCCACCGCUUAGAAGCGUCUGGAGCAUUCGAAACAAGAUCGAAUCGUUCUGGCUUUGAGAGUCGAUCCAUUCUGGAGUUGUAAGUUGAAUAAAUUGUUGUGGCUAGGACCGCAACAAGCACGCGAAAAUGUGAGCACGGACGAAACGGGAUGUAGGAAUCAGAACAGAGAAUACCCUAAAAUACGGCUUCAUUUAUCUUACAAUUGACUCACUGGAACUAAAACUAGAAAAAAAAACAGUAGUAGAUAAGAUGGAAUUUUACCGGUACAUAAGUUAUCAGGACAUGCUGGAGAUACCGCUUAUCAUAUCCUUAUUUCCACAUGAUGUCUACGGUAGAGUGUUAAAGAUGCUUAGCUUGGAUGUCUGUGGUUGCUUAUUUAUUAGACCGCUUUUAACGACUCUGUUGGCUCUAGUCAAACGUCGUGACUCACGACAUGCACACUCACUAUGUUAGCCAAGACUCUACCUUACUUUAUAGUGACCAGUUCCGGUUCUUUAUGUCUGAAUCAAGACAUUACUUGUCACCAUCACUCAUCGCGAGUUUCUGUCUUUCGGCCCGCCGAGUGAAUGCCCUGGCCAAGAUAGAGCACUAUCCGAAUUAUUUGAGCAGUUAAAAUCCACAUGCGGUUGUUUGUAAGCAUGAUACCGAAAACACAAUUGGAGUAUGUAGUGCUUCAUAAACGUGUGUCGGGGGGCAAUUGCUUAUCCAUAUCGUGUAUGCCCAGAUCGCUUUAUCUCAUCCAUUUAACAGCAUUGAGUGUACUUAGCCCUAGCAUGCACCGUAUCUACUUGGAGCAAACACAGCUAAUAAGGUUGAUGGGAAGCUGGCAUUCGUCUGUCUACCUGUCUGCUGAUUACCCUCUUUGUGCAUACGUGACAGACGGUAUGGUUACAUUAAGCAGUAGCAGACUGCGAGCCCAUAGGCCCCUUUGCCCGGCAGAUUAAUGUCUGUAGGGUUCUGGUAACAAUGUCACCAGUCACCAGUCCUGUUUAAACUUUGUAGGACUAUCUCAGCGACAAUUAACCCAAGUACUUCAUGCUAUUAGUGUGUUUAAGAAGGUCCUGAAUGCUACUCACCGUAGACAGCGAUCUUGUUUUGAUGGAUAAGGCCAUUGGGCGCCUUUCAAGAAUCAAAGAUACCUUUCUGGUAAAGCAGGCAAGGUGGUUUGCACGUGGAUUAGUUUACAGUGAGUUUCGACUUGAGGUGAACGUGCGGUGACAGUGUGGACAGGAUAGCUCGGCCGUGUCGGAGUCGGUUGUGAUGGUGGUGGAUCUGCUAGCGGUCGGCGCGCUGGGCGACGUGUGGGUUGGCUAGGCAUUAUGGAUUUGCCGAAUGUGUCACGUGCGUCGAGACUGCGGUGAAUUCCGCUGUCGUGAAUACGCAUGUGACCUAGAGAGCCCGUGCAGUGAGUAAAUGUGCGGAGGCAGUAACGUCAGUGGAGACGGAUGCGGAGAGUGUAGAUUGGCGCUCCAGACACUAGUUCGCCAGUCUAUGCGACAGAUUCACAAGUGACCGACCAGGCCGAUGUGUGAGGUGAAUGUGCGAUCGCAAUUAGGACAGGUAUAAACCGAGUCCACGUCACUAGGGGUGGGGAUGUUAGUAAUGUUUAAAAUUGGUAAGACGUCGGACGUUUUCCUAUCGGUGGGGAGAGUGCGUGAAGGCGUGGUAAUGAUGCUGGCCGCUGCGGUCGAUGCAGGGGUUAGGGCAGGGCCCAUGGUGGCGAUGAGUCAGCGGCAGUGUGAUCGGGGGUGACGAGGGUGGCGGUUGAUGCGGAGUUUGGGGCAGGGGCGAGAGUGGUAGAAGAGAUAGACGUUGUCGGGUUGACUAUUGGAUCCGAAGGCGUCCAACGAGACCGAUUCAUGCUCGGAAUACGCGUUUGAAGCGCGUACAUGUCGGAAGCGGCGGAUAGUUGACACUGAGGGGAGCGAGACACUCGUGAUUUGCCAGCUCUUCGUUUAACUGUGGUGGCGGCGACCCGAUUUGCUUCGUAGAUGGCAGCGCCGGUUAUCAUAUCUCUUCUCAAGGGCGAGGUCUCUCAGGUUUCAGGACUGAUAUGUUAUCGCUCAAGAGAAUUCUUCAAUACGCCCUUGUAGCGUCAUUUUCGUCCUCUCUGUCGGCCAGCACCAUGGGGACAUCACCAUAGAAGAGUUGUCUCGGUAGCCGUGUAUCUUCCAUCCUCACUAGAUAGCCGCUCCAGCGUACCCGCAGUUGCCUUAACAUGGCGUGGAUGCUAAGGAUGCCGGUCCGUUCUAGGACUUCCGUGCCGGCGUCCUGUCUUGCCAUCUCAGCUUUAGUAUUCUGCGAAGGCAGCUGAGGUGGAAGUGGUUGAGUUUCUUAGCGUGGUUGCAGCAUAGGAGUGUCUUCUGGACGACAGCCUUGUACAUCUUCAGUUUGAUAUUCAGUUGAAGGCCGUGACGAUUCCACAAUAUGUUCUGCAGUCGGUGUAAGUCUUUGCUGGUUUUUGAGAUCCGGUGGGCAACCUCAUCGUCGACUCUCGUGCCGUUGGAAAAUGCUCCGAGAUUAGCGAAUUUGUUCACAGUUUUGAGUUGGUGGCCGUCGACAGUGAUUCGAGGAGUGCAGUGUUGCGUGUUGGGUGAAGGUUGUUCCAUGACCACCGUUUUGUCCGUGUUGGCGCGAAGACGCAGCCCUGCUUCACUCCAUUGGGCACUGCGAAUACCUCGGAGAUUGCGCCGUUGUCCGUGACGCGCGCCAUCAUUCCAUCGUGGAGCUGGCGUACUGUGUGCGUGAGUCGUUCAGGACAGCCGAAUUUCUGCAUGAUUUUCCGCGAUUCACCUAGUUAAAGUCCUUCGCCAAGUCCACAAAGGUAGUGUGGAGGUGGGUUCGCAUCUCCUGGCGCUUCUCCUUUAGCUGGUGAGCGGCAAAAACCAUGUCAGUGAUGCCCAGGUGUCGUUAGAAACCGUAUUAGCUGUACAACAGGAGUCCGUCCUCGAGGUGUCCGUUGAGGUGAUUGAGGAAGAUGCGGGCUAAGAUCUUCCCGGCAGUUUUGAGUAGUGAGAUGCCUCUGCGUUUGUCGCAGACCUUCCGGUUGCCCCUGCCUGUAGAGUUGAACAAUGGUUGCGUCCUUUAAGUCCCGAGGAACUUGUCCACAGUGGCACGUCUUAAAUAGCGUGGUGAGUUGUCCACCAGGCGGUGGCCAUCGUGCUUGUUGAUUUCGGCUGCGAUUGCAUAGGGACUUGGUGCUUUUCCGUUGGAGAGUUGUUGCUCGGCACGAAUGGUUUCUGAAAGAGAGGGCGAGGGGCACCGGUUGACGUUGAUUUCCACUUGGGAGAGCCGGUCGAUGACGGCGUUGUAGAUUGUGGAGGGACAGUUGAGGACGUUUCUGAAGUGUUCGGCGCAGCGCUUCAGAACCUGCGACUUCUCCGAAAGCGUUGAUUCAUCGGGGCUGAGAAGUAGGGCAGCACCACGGAGGCGUCUUCAUCUGUUGCCGGUAGGUCUUUUAGCCGCUGAUUGCUGAAAUGCAAACGGUGGACAGACAAAGACAACGGAGCAGUAUCCAGCUUACCUGGGGGUCGCCUACCUUGUGGCAUCCUGCAGGGUUGCAGGCGAAUCUUCAUCUUAGAAAUGACCAGACAGUGGUCCGUCCAGCCAUCUGCGUCGCAGAUCGCCUUGGUCACCAUCGAAUCCUGUCAAUCUCACUGCCGAGCGAGAACAUUGUUCAGCAACUGCCAGCGCCGCGAUCGGGGGUUCAUGUAGGUGGCCUUCCGCAUAGGCAGUCGGAAGAAUGUGUUGGUCAGCAGAAGGCGGUGUUCAGCCCCGGUCCGCGGGAGAAGUGAGGCCAUUGUCGUCGCAGCCGGCGAUUCCGUGAGGACCGAGGCAGCACAGUCUGUCAGGUAUUGAUGACACGAAGGGCAAUCAACUUAUCCACCUUGGGCACAGAUAUCAGGAGGGUGUGCAGGUCUUCGUAUAUCUUCGUCUUCGCUUCCUCUGAGCCGGUCGUUUUUGGGGUAUAGGCGCUGAUGAUGGUGGCGAAGUUGAAUCCCUGAAGCGGCAGUCGGAGGCCCACCAGACGAUCGUUGAUGCCCUGCGGCAGACAGCAUUCACCCCACGACGUCGUUCCGGAUGUCAAAGGCAACACCCGCGCCUCUUCUCUCUGCUUUUGGGCGUCUGCUCCAGAAGAAACUAUGGUCGACACCCACUUCUUCUAGCUGGCCUUGUUCGGAGAACCGGGUCUCGCUGAGGGCAGCGAUGUCCACCCUGUAGCGCGCCGAUUCCCGCGCGCUACAGGGAGCCAAAUUUGAGAGUUUAGUGUCCGUAAAUGGACACUAGGGGUGGUCAACACCUACAAGCAAGUGAGCGACCUACCACGUAGAUCCACAACUGGACACCCUUUCACUCUAGAUACCUUUCUAUAGCACUGGUAUCUUAAGGUCUCAUAGAAAUUGCUCUUGGGAAAAGGAUUAACUUAUGCAGAUUUCAGAGUAAGCCGUGGGCAUAAUGACCAAAUAUUUGCGUCCCCGCAAUGCCCUUAGCGCCGUCAUUUCUCAGAUUUCAGGGUAAGCCGUGAGCAUAAUGACCAAAUAUUUGCGCCCCCGCAAUGUCCUUAACGCCGUCAUUUCUCUAGUUCCCUACCAAACAGUUUUGAGAAGGCGUUUUUAAUUUCGUAGUCCGGGAUCCGGCAUCUUGAAUAGCUUUCGACCCUUUUAAGUGACCUGUUCCGACAUUCCCUGCGGCGUGUGCAGUUGGCCGAGGGCGCCUGAUUGCGCCAAUUUCCACUAAUCUUGUUACAAACAAGAUUAACAUUACUAAAUUGGGACUAUCUUACUGCUAGAUCUGGUACUCUUCUCGUGCGCCACCGACGAUUUUGGAUUGCGCCGCAGUACCCCAUCUACCAGAAACGUCAGCCAUGCCGUAGUGCCGCCCUUGCCUGUGAUAUUUUUAUACGUAACUGAUUUGCUGGACCGGUAUUCUGCAUUACUUAUGACUGCUUGUUGACCGUGCGCAGAGGCCCGCUUAUCUUCUGGCACAUCUUCGCUGAAGGAUGUUCCAAUGUCAGUCAUUCGUAAACAUGUUGGGCAGCCUGCAAGCCCUGUCCCAGGUUUUCGUUAUCUAUGGCUUUCAAAUGAAUCUUAUAUGAUAUUGAUAUAUAAUUGCCACCGUUCUGUCAGAAGUUUCGUAUGUGAGAAACUAAGGCUGGCAGUUUAGAUGGUAUCGUCUUCAAGUGGAUUCAGUUAGCCAUAAUGCGUUAUAUAUGGGGGAUCACUCACGAACGCCGAUGACACCUUCCAAACGGCAUUCUUUUGGAGAAGUCUGAUCGAGGCGAUCAUUUGGUGCUGACCUCUCGCGCCAACAGUUGACUCAGAUGAACCUUGGAAUCGUAGUUUUAUAAUAGUUAUCCCAGGGCUAAAUCCGGGCUGCAAGUAAAGCAGUCGUGGACAGUUAUAGCCAUGAGGCUGACACGUAUUACUACGGACGGACUAAAUGAGAUAAGCUAGGACAUGAGUCGGGAUUCGUGAUAUGCAUGAAAGUUCUGGGGUGCGGUGCAAACUGGAUCCCCUAGUCCUCGGUCCGGUCUGCAGACAGCAGUAGCGAAUGCUCGCACCGCCAUUGAAACAACCAAAGCCCAAUCUAAUGCCUAGCACAAUUUGAGGAUUGAUUAACAUUGUAAUCGUUAAACAUUUGUUUAUAACCAACAGAUUUCUUCUUUCAUUAUAUCUAACUCGGUUUUGGGGUUUCUUCGGCUGUGGGUGUGGGCUUCCUCGCAACCUCAACCGAACAUUUCUGCUCGCCAUGUCAGAAUACGGUUUCCUGACUGCAAAAUUCCGUCAGAUAAUUUGUUUUUAGACCUCACGCCUUCGCUUGCCACUAGCAUUACUUCUGGUUCGCGACCACUUACUCUUCCGCACCCAAACUUCGUUGAUUUUUUUUCUCAGACCGUUAUCCAUAGAUAUCCUAAAUGGCCAGCAGGGUACGCCCCAUCUUCCUUCGGGGAAUGGCGUCGAAGGCCAUUGCUAAAUCUGAUGUCCGGGGUCAUCUAGGCUGAGGCCCUUACUCAACUUUCUACAAACUUAGGUACCCUAGUGAGAUAGGUCUGUAUAAUAUCUCUGGCAAUGGCGGAGGGCACAUUACGCCUCACAAUAGCUCUUUGAGGUGUAAAUUUGACUUUGAUAAAGCUCUUAUCUCGUGCGAAUGUGUUCUGUGACGUCGGCGGCGUUCGCGGAUAAUGCCCUUGGGCAUUUAGAUUGCUCUUCGUUCAAUUUUCUUUGAAAGAGGAUAGCAGUCGAUGAAUUUACUUUUACUUAGGACAGCAGUCAUUACUGAUUCGGCCGGUUACACACCUCAGUCCAACGCUUCGCCGAUGAUCGUCCUCUAUCCUAGCUGAUUGUUAUCAGUACAGAACCCAGAGCCAGAAGUGCGCCCGAGGUGAACUCUCAUCAGCCAGGCCCUGGUUAAGGCGAAGUCACGUCUCGGACGACCCUGCCUUUGGUCGUUACACUACAUGGCCGAACCAUCCUUAUCGACAAAGAGCUGGCCAGAUGUGUGACCUUCUACAGAAAAGGCGAUCAAAGACUUCAGCAUGACCACUAUUGGUCGAACUCACCCAGACUAUGCACAACUUCUGAGGAUACGGACGUUCCACAUCCCCACAGACAGAUUGUCUUCAUGGACGUCUAUACUGCCCUUCCCCUUUGGCAAACAGUUCAACACAAGGCAGUAGUUGUCGAUUACACUGAGAGCUUCGCCGUCUAGUGUGACCAAACAGAUACCUCGUGCAACAAAUUCCGAGUCGUUUGUCCUACUCCCGGGGAACUGUUUUCAUCUUGUUUUGACUGCGUUCACACAUUUGGGACUGACCUGGGUGAUAGAUUAGAGAAUUCUGUCUCUCCAUGAACGUCUCUACAAUUAAGUCAUUAGGGCUUAUUUCGUUACUGUUGACAUCGGCAGUCGUAGCUUGUUCAUUGGAAGCACUCGGCAUGGCCUUAACAUGCGUUUUCGAAGUCCGGUUACUUGAAGUCAUUCCGAUUCCCCCGAGACGCUGUUGCUUGGAGUUCGAGAAGGCGCGCAUCCUCACUCACGUGGUUAGUCUUUAUUUGCGGUAUGGCGCGCACGCCCUCUAACUGCAUCAUCCGUCCACUAGUCUGUUAAGGAUCGAAAUAUUGAAGUCGAUGGAAGUACCCAUCAUGUGCACUUCCCGUGGUACUUUGGGAAUGGAUCGUCGAGGCCAGGCGAAGCAAUCCUUUUCCACCUCGUGGUCAUCAAUCCCACUUAUGCAUGGUUCGAACUUCAUGCCGAGAUUACCGUUUUUACCUAUUUUACUAAGCCAAUUUGUGUGGCGCUUUUAUGACCCGUCUGCGUAUCCACUUUUUUGUCUUGCCAGGACCCCAGCUGUGCUUGAUGAAUGUGAUAUUGACAAGGCGGCCCGCGAUCUGUUGUUGCAGGAUAUCCGUCACCGUCUUAUGCCACAGGCAGUGAAGCUCAGGGCCGACUUUGAGGUCUCCUGUUUCGCCUAUGAGGGCAUCGAAGCGGUCCGCAGGGCUCUUCGCCGUGGUCUCGAGUUCAGCACAGAAGAGCUGCCUAUUAAGGUGUCUCCCUCUGUUAAUUCCAGUUUUUCAGCAUGAAAAUUUAUUAAUAGUGUUGCAGAUAUUUCUCAGAUCCGUCUUAAUUACUUAGGCAUUGUGCUAUUAUUCGAGUUUGGGUUGUUUGACCGUUCUGUUCCACGUGCCCACUUAGCGCAGUUUUUAGGCAUAACUAGAGUCAUCAAUCACUAGCAGCCGUUAACUCAAGCCACCACAAGGCUUGUUUGUUUUACUAAGGGCUCCUGGUUUGUAUGGAAUGUGUUGCAGGGGGCUUCACGCCUCGUCAGCCACACCUCGAUUUGGCUCAAACUAUAGGAGGAUCCAUCCAGAUCUCAGUUUCCUCACAAUGAACAGACUAGCGCCUAAUUAUUAUUACGCACUAACGGUUGUGGUGUAGAAGCUGUCAGUCUUUUAAACCACAACGGACGGGAAAAAUUGAUCCCACUUGGGAUUGGUGGUCGGACUGCAGUAGCUCCUUGAUGUGGCCUUCAAGGCCUCCUCACGGAGAUGGAUUCAAAGACCGACACGUGGAUAGUGCACGCAGGCGCGGCUUUUGUCCCGUCACCCACUUUUUCCGCGUCUAUCUCCAGUCGCCAUGAUUGUCUUCUCGUUAAGGUAUGAUUGGCGUGGAGGGAUUGAUGUAAGUGCUGCGCAAGCCCGUCACUCUAAACAAGCUCACACUGGUGUCACCACUGCGCCUUGGGGGACAGCGAUUGUCCUCGUUGUUUGGGAUGCACGAACCUGUACAGACCCCUGAACUAGUGUUGAUCAUCUUAUUGUCGCUAACUAGCGUGAGUUCGUAAUCGUUUCAGAUAAACCUCAUCGCUCCGCCCCUUUACGUGCUUACUACACAAACCCUGGAGUGGAACGAAGGUCUUGCGCGGCUCAACCAGAUACUGGAUGCUAUCAAGGUCUCUAUUGAGGAACAGGAAGGUUCCUUCAAACUUCAACAGCCGGUAAGUAACUCCUGCUCUUCUCAUGGUUAUAAACUGAAUCCUUAAGAACUGCAUGCAGUUUUAGCCCUUUGCUCAGCGCUUGUUUCGAGGUAUUUGCUCCCUUCCACGACUUUGUUCGUAAAGCUAUGGUUACACGGUGAUGCCGGCACAACCAGUCCUUCUUUUUUCGCAUAAGACUUGAUCGCCGUCUUUUUAUGUAUUUUUCUUUCAUGGGAAUCACCCUAAUAAAGUAGGAGGAAAAGACUCGCUCGUCAGUAUUUUCUGAAUCGUUGCGCUUCGUGCGGACGCUCCAGAUUUUGCAGUAAGCCUCCACCAUUGUAGGUGACAGCUGUAGAAGGCUAUCGGAAAUCAAUAAAUUUGCGCAGACAGAAAGCACUUGCCACAAGAAAGGAUUUGACCGUUGGCCUCGUGCCAUUUUCAUCCUGAACUAUCUUGGUAGUGCAAGUGUGUCCUGGCUCUGUAAACUAACACAUUUCCCAUGCCCUUCGUGAAAUUGUUUUUGGUCUGUCAGGCGAUGCAAAUGCGCGAAGUACUGGUUCAGACAAAACUUAACGAGACCAGUCCUUGUUUGCAGGUAGUUUGUUCUGCUAACGAUGAUGUGGAAAGCUACGCCCCCUAACCAAGUCCCUUCUUUUAGCCUCGGAUAGUUUCGGAUACUGACGAAUCGGAACUGCGGCGCCACAUGGAGGAGCUCGAGGAUGCCAACAAGGAGGUCUCGGGUGACGAUGAUGAUGACGACGAAGAAGACGCCGGUAACUCCGAUGACGAUGAAGAGGGCGAUGAAAGUGACGAGAACGAGGAGAAGUAG